CAUCGUUUAUCGAUAUCGGGUGGUCGGCUAUCGAUAAUAAAUAAACACAAUAACUGCAAAUAAAUAAAUAAAUAAAAAUUUGAACAAAAAAAUUGUGGAACAAGCAAAAACUACCGAAAUUUCGAGGAGGGGUAUCCAAAUUAUCAAGUAGAAGAGAUUUCCCGAGAGGAAAGGCCACGAUUUCGCCGAAUUUUCACGCAGCUGCGCAACUUGCCGAGAAAAACAACAACAACGAUCGAUAGAGAAAAUCAUGGAGGGUGACUCGGAAAAUCGAAAGGAUCAUGUCCUCGAGCGCCUGAACAAGCGGAACAAGGACCGGCAGAACUAUUUGGAUGUGAAGUCGGAGCAGCGCUCCAAGGAAUCGGUGCAAAACGAGGGCGUUGACUACUUCUCCUCGACUUUUACCCAAAGGACCUUAGAUAUUGAGCAGGGCCUGAAGGAUAUACAGUGUGCCGAGGGCCCGGCCAGCGAUUUGGCCCGGAAUUUCGCCGACAUAACCCUGGAGAUCCAGGACCUGCAGCGUUAUCUCACGGCAUCCACCAUGUUCCUCUCAGAUUUCAAGAUCAAGUCCUGUCAGAACGUCCUGAACACCCUGACUUCAGUGAGCGAUGAAACCCGUCAGCGCCUGAUGCCCAAGAAAAAGUUCGGUUUCAGUGGCAAAAAGACUGCCGCAAAGCAAAAACCUAGCCCGAAUAAGGACAUAGUCGAUGCCAAGCCCAGCAAAGUUCCGGAAAAACUAGGCUCUAACUUUAGCUGGACCAUUGCAAAUCGAAAGAACGAGCAUAUAGUCUUGGAUUCCAGCCAGGUUAAUGGUCAGGAUAUAACCAUUUCGAAUGUAAGCCACUGUUUGGUGGAACUGCAAGGACAUCCCGGCUCUGUGCAGGUGUCCCGGGCCUCAAAUUGCACCUUGUUGUGCGGCCCCAUUGCCAGGUCCUUCUUCGCCGAGAACCUGGACGAGUGCACCCUCUCCAUUGCCUGCCAGCAGCUGAGAUUGCACUCUUCGCGGGGCAUUCGCAUAUAUAUCCAUGUCACCUGUCGCGCCAUCAUCGAGGAUUGCAAGGAAAUUGAGAUUGGCGAGUUUAACUACGAUUAUCCGGAGUUGGAAGCCGACUAUCUGGCCUCGGGGCUGAAUAAGUCCCAGAACAACUACACGGACGUGGCCGAUUUCAACUGGCUUUCGCCGGAUGUGCCCUCGCCGAACUGGAGCCUGCUCAAGGACCAUCCCGAUCCGAAUUGGAAUGCCUUGCGGCGGGACUUCAUCGCCAAUAGCAACAAUAACAACGGGCUCAAGCAGGGUGUCAAGGACAUCUCCAUCAUUUAGUGGCGGCAUCGGCGGCUGCUCCUCGGCUGGCUGGCCUACGGUGUCAUCCUCGGUUGGCUGCUCUGGGAACUGCUGCUAAGGGCCCCAAUUACUGGGCCCAAGUCUAUAACCCCUCGAUCUGUGUAAAUAGCUUUAAGCGUGUUGAUUAAAUAACCAUUAUAUUGA